CAGCUGCUGCUCUCUGUGGGCUAAAGUCAGGUAGGAAACUAGAGAGACAGGCUGGGCAUAUACUGCAGCACAUUGGUGGCGAAGUGUGUGUGAGAGAGUCGCUUUACAUCGACACAGUCAGUGAAGUACAGAAGGGUGGAGUGGAGAGGAGCUCAGUGGGAUUGUUAGUGUGCGUGGAGGAGUGUGAGAGACAUUUAACCACUCCAGACCAUGAACAUGAAGCACCGGAGGUUCUCCCUUGACAGCUCAGUGUCGCUGGAGGAUGGUGAUGGAGGUCAUCUGCUGGACCAGAGGAGAGGCAGCCGCAGUAGGCCAAAGAAGAGUGGAGAGAGGAGGAAAAGCCACAGUCUAGAGGAGGCACAGCUAGAAACACAGGGGCUGGGAUGCAGCCUGAACCGGAGCAACUCACUCAGGUCACAGACCAUAGAGGAGGAGAGCUUCCAUCGGCCUGAUGGCGUCAUUGUCACCAAAAAUAGCUUUGUGAAAUACAACAAAGCCUUUCACAAACUCUUCGAAGACGUUCCUGCAGAGGAGAAACUAACUCAUGCGUUCACCUGUGCCCUGCAGAAGGAAGUGUUGUAUCAUGGGAAGCUAUUUGUGUCUGUCAACUAUGUGUGUUUCUACUCCUCCGUACUCCUCAAAGACACCAAGGUGGUGGUUCACGUGUCCAGCAUUAAGGAAGUGAAAAAGCAGAACUCAGCCUUGUCUAUGCUCUCCAUCCACACUACAGAUGGAGACAAGUAUUUGUUUGUGUCUUUGCGGAACCGGCAAGUGUGUUACAAAAUCCUGCAGACUGUGUGUACACAAGCACAGACUGUGUUCACACGGCAGCAGGGGGAGAAUGGUAGCAGCAGUUCCCACGUCUCGCCAGGAGAGAACGGUGUUGACGACGUGAAUCGGGACAUAGACACGAUAUCUAGCCACUCUAGCCUGGAGGACAGUAUGGAGCAGAGCCUUCCUAUAGAGACUGUCUACUCUAACCUGCCCAGCAGAGGGAGGGACAGCUCCACUCCUAGAAGCAGCAUCAGCAAAGACCAGGACGAUCAGUUCACAUUCACAGAGGAGGAAGACUCGGCUAACUCAUGUUUUUGGAGAGUCACUGAAAGGAUUAAAUCUCUCCUCCUCAUCAGAGAGAUGAGCAACCUCAACGUCCUCCUCUCCAUCUAUCUGUUUCUGUUCCUGAGGUCGAGCAGUGAAUUUCAAACACAGAUUCAACCACAAAGACCAGCUUUUCCAAUGCAACGCAAAUAAGGCCACCUAUUGGUAAGUGGGUAAAAAAGCAGACAUUCAAUAUCCCUUUGAGCAAGGUGAAGUUAUUACACUGAACAAAAAUAUAAACACAACAUGUAAAGUGUUGGUCCCCUGUUUCAUGAGCUGAAAUACAUUUUCCAUAUGCUCAAAAACUUAUUUCUCUAAAAUGUUGUGCACAAUUUAAUUUACAUCCAUGUUAGUGAGCAUUUGUCCUUCGCGAAGUUAAUCCAUCCAACUGACAAGUGUGGCAUAUCAAGAAGCUGAUUUAAAUAGCAUGAUCAUUACACAGGUGCACCUUGUGCUGGGGACAAUAAAAGGCCACUCUAAAAUUUGCAUUUUUGUCACACAACACAACGCCACCGAUGUCUCAAGUUGAGGGAGCAUGCAAUUGGCCUGCUGACUGCAGGAAUGUCCACCAGAGCUGUUUCCAGAUAAUUUAAUGUCAAUUUCUCUACCAUAAGCCGCCUCCAACGUCGUUUUAGAGAAUUUGGCAGUACGUCCAACCAGCCCCACAACUGCAGACCACGUAUAUGGCGUCAUGUGGCGAGCGGUUGUCAACAGAGUGCCCCAUGGUGGCGGUGGGGUUAUGGUGUGGUGCCUAAUGCAUUUAUUUCAAUUGACUGAUUUCCUCACAUGAAUUAUAACUCAGUCAAAUUAAUGAAAUUGUUGCGUGUUACAUUGAUAUUUUUGCUCAGUUUAAUUACACCUUGGAUGGUGUAUCAGUAAACCCAGUCAAAGAUACAGGUGUCCCCUAAUCUAUGGAUUCCACGUGAGUGGGAAUAUAGAUAUGCAUCUGUUGGUCACAGACACCUUAAAAAAACAUGCACCUCACAAUGGGCCUCAGGAUUUGGUCACAGUAUUUUUGCGCAUUCAAAUUGCUAUCGAUAAAAUGCAAUUGUGUUCGUUGUCUGUAGCUUAUGCCUUCCUAACUUGCCGGAGAGGAAGGAAACCAUUCAGGAAUUUCACCAGGAGGCCAAUGCUAACUUUGAAACAGUUACAGAGUUUAAUGGCUGUGAUAGGAGAAAAAUGAGGAUGAUCAACAACAUUGUAGUUACUCCACAAUACUAACCUAAAUGGAAAACUGUACAGUGUAAAAAAUAUUACAAAACGUGCAUCCUGUUUGCAACAAGGCACUAAAGUAAUACUGCAAAAAAAUGUGGCAAAGCAAUUAACUUUUAGUCCUGAAUACAAAGUGUUAUGUUUGGGGCAAAUCCAAUACAACACAUUACUGAGUACCACUCUCCAUAUUUUCAGAAACAGAAUUGAGCUAAGGCAAAAUCCUAAAGGAAAACCUGAAUCAGACUACUUUCCAACAGACACUGGGAGAUGAAUUCCUCUUUGAGCUCCCGAGUGGCGCAGCAGUCUUAAGGCACUGCAUCUCAGUUCUAGACGCGUCACUACAGACCCUGGUUUGAUCCUGGGCUGUAUCACAACCGAUCAUGAUCGGGAAUCCCAUAGGUUGGCGCACAAUUGGCCCAGCGUCAUCUGGGUUAGGGUAAGCCUUCAUUGUAAAUAAGAAUUUGUUCUUAACUAACUUGCUCAAUUAAAUAUAGGUUAAAUAAAAAAUGUAAAAGACAAGGACAAAUCUAAACUGGAGUUGCUUACCAAGAAGACAGUGAAUGUUCCUGAGUGGCUGAGUUACUGUUUUGAAUUAAAUCUACCUGAAAAUCUAUGGCAAGGCCUGAAAAUGGUUGUCUAGCAAUGGUCAACAACCAAUUUGACAGAGCUUAAAAGAAUACUGGGCAAAUGUUGCACAAUCCAGGUGUGGAAAGCUCUUAGAGACCAUCCCAGAAAGACUCUCAGCUGUAAUUGCUGCCAAAUGUGCUUCUACAAAAUAUUGACUCAGGGGUGUGAAUACUUAUGUAAAUUAGAUAUUUCUCUAUUAUAUUUUCAAUAAAUUUGCUAACAUUUCUAAAAACAUGUUUUUACUUUGUCAUUAUGGGGUAUUGUGUGUAGAUGGGAGAGAAAAACAGAUAUUUAAUCCAUUUUGAAUUCAGGCUGUAACACAACAAGAUGUGGAAUAAGUCAAGAGGUAUGAAUAGGAAGGCAUUGUAGAUGGAUCUUGUUUUCGAAGCACAAUAUGUUCUCCAGAUGGUCAUACUACAUGUACUGUGAGCUUCUUUCACACUGCAUGUACUGUGAGCUUCUUUCAUACUGCAUGUACUGUGAGCUUCUUUCACACUGCAUGUACUGUGAUCUUCUUUCAUACUGCAUGUACUGUGAU